UUCACCGAAGUAGGAUAUUGUGAUUUACUAGCGCGGGAUAGAUGAAAGCCGUAUUGAUACCAAUAUGGCUAAAGCUGUGUACUUGGAACAUUAUCUGGACAGUAUUGAGGGCUUGCCUUUUGAACUUCAAAGAAACUUCACUUUGAUGAGCGAGUUGGAUAACAGAACAGAAGAGCAGAAGGCUGAGAUUGAUAAACUUGCUGCAGAAUAUGUUGCAAAUGUAAAGACUUUGGCCUCUGAACAACGUGUCCAGCACCUACGGAAGAUUGAAAAUGCUUACACGAAAUGCAAAGAGUACAGCGAUGACAAAGUGCAGCUUGCUAUGCAGAUAUAUGAACUGGUAGAUAAACACAUUCGUCGACUGGACGCUGACCUGGCUCGUUUUGAGAAUGACCUGAAGGAUAAACUUGACUCAAGCAGCCAGGAGAGCUCAGAUGACAAAAGAUUGAAGAAGGAUAAAAGUGGCAGAGACAAGAAAGCAACCAGAAACCAGAAAGAUUCUGACCCAGACUCCCCUGGGAGAAAAAAACUGAAAAACAGCCCCAACGUCACUGACUCUCUCUUGGCUAUGCAUCCAUCCGAUGUGCUAGACAUGCCAGUGGACCCAAAUGAACCAACCUACUGCUUGUGCAGUCAGGUAUCAUAUGGGGAGAUGAUUGGCUGUGACAAUCUUGACUGUCCAAUAGAAUGGUUUCACUUUGCCUGUGUUGGUCUUGCAACAAAACCAAAGGGGAAAUGGUAUUGUCCAUGCUGCAUCAAGGAGAUGAGAAAAAAAUAAGUAGCUGGAAUUUUUGAAUAUGCAAUGAAUGUGUUCAUAACACACACAAAAUUCUGUAAUUAAUUAACAGGUUUACCAAACCUCUAAUCAACCUUUCCUUUCAGUUUAUAAUGAAUGAAAGCUAGUAUAUGUCCAUCUUCUAUCCCCAAAGUGCCAUAGUAGGCCUUGAUCGAUGUAAAUGAUUUGCACUCAUCCACUGUGAUAACAGAGCAGCACUAUCAGGAAAAAGAAAUAGAAAUGCAGGUUAGCCUUAAAGGGCUAACGAGGAGUGAAGCAAACCCAGGUUUCCUGGACUGGUGUUGCAUAUUUUAUAUUUGAGCAUUUCUGCACAUUUGCUGCUCUUUUUCAUGUAUUAUGAAUUGCUUUUUUUUUUUUACUGUAGGCAGGCAAGUAUGAAAAUUAACGUCAGGGUUGCCUGUACAGGAAAACUACCCAAAGCAGCCAAAUGCAGUCUUAUUGGCUGCUCUAACUCACAACUUACAAAAUAAAUGAAAAAUGAUAGUAGCUACUGCUUCUUCCCAAAGAUGUUGAGAAUGUUUUAACAGUAUUGUCAUUCAAAAUGCCACUAAACAGUUGAAUGUAAAACUAUGCAUUUGCAUUAACAUGUGAAAUCCUACAUUAUUUUUGCAAAUAAAGUUUAAGCGGCACAA